AUGUUACUGCAAUAUGUGUGGAAAACUGUCUAUGCGAAAAACCUGACACUCAUUGAUCACUCGAUUGUCCCAGGAGACGCUGUCUAUUACAUGGCUAAGCAACGCUUGAGUGAAUGGCGCAGUGGAUUUGGUUCCGCUGCCAUCAUGAUGAUCACGAGUCUCAUGGCAGCUGACCCGCUCUAUGAAUCUGAGGAUAACCGUGUCGGAUUCGCAGAUUUUUGGCUUGCGGACAACAAGUUUCUCUUUGGGGAUGUUGACUCCGACAACAAGAAGGAAUGGUCAGGAAUGUGGCAGUCGACAUUCAUCCUGCAGACUUUCGCGGCGCACCUCAACUACACCCAAGGACGUGUACCAGUCCCAGAGCUCAACAGCAAGGAGCCGGUUCUCCAAACUGCACUUUCUCUCUCUGCAGCAGCGGUUAAACAUGCCCUUGUUCUUCUUGCGAAUAAAGAGAUGACUUUUGAGAUCAAGACCACCACCUCUAAGGGCAAGAAGAAGCCUUCACGGAAGGGUAAGGCAUCAGCUGCAGAAACCAAAUGGAUCACUGUCAUCAGCGAGAACGAGACUUUUUCGGAGCCACUCUGGGGAUAUGACACCUGA